AUGCCUUCUUCGACUGUUAAUCUUCUAUCUUCCGAUCUCUUCAAACACCAUUAUGGGUCAGAUCCGCAGGGCAAACACUUAGAGCGCUCAUACCACCGAGCCAGAGCUGUUGCUCGGCACUGGGGACUGACACUCGAUGACAUUCUCAGUCUCACGCCGAGAUUUUGGCAUGCCCACACCGAUGGCAUCACUCUGCGGGAUACGGUAGCUCACACCAUAUUCACCAUUCACUACAAUCUUGUGGCAGGAACCAUAGCCCCGUAUGCUCUGGAACGGCCGGACCUCCAGCCGUUGAUGAAGCAGAUCCUGCAUUUUGACGUUGUUGGUGGCUAUAUGCUCAAUGAGGUUGGACAUGGAUGCGAUGCCAGAAACAUCGAAACAACUGCAACUUGGCAGUCGGACGGGGGUUUCGUCCUGAAUACCCCAAGCCCAAAUGCGAGAAAAUUCAUGCCACCGACAAUUCCUGUUGCAGGGAUCCCCCGGAUUGCGAUUGUUUUCGCGCGUCUCCUGGUCGAAGGAGAGGAUCGAGGUAUCCGCCCGUUCGUGGUGCACAUUAACAAUGGAUGGCAGAUGCGUCAUGGAAUUAGAGCAUGGCGUCUUCCUGUGAUUGCAUCUGGACGGAUGCUCCACCACGACCUUACAUCCUUCAGCCAUGUCCAUCUUCCGUCAACCGCCUUGCUUGGUAAAAUUGCACGGCCCAGCAACAUGCGAGACCAGUAUCUGAGUUCCAUUCACCGUCUGAGUGUUGGAGCAAUAGUAUUAAGUCUGUGGGUGAUCCCAUUUCUGAAAUGCGCUGCAUAUGUUGUAGGGAAGUAUAGCCAGCAUCGCACAGUCCAGCAAGGUGUGCGCGGGGAAAGGGUCCCAAUCAUUACAUUUAGGACCCAACAGCUCCCGAUAACACACGCCUUGGCUGAGGCGGCAGUGUUGGAACCGUUCGCGGAUUGGAUCGCUGCACAGCACCGGAGUCCUUCACUCAGCCCCGCAACCAAACAUGGCCUCAGUGUUAUUCUCAAGGUCAUCUUCCUUCAAAACGGUCGCGGUAGCUUAAGCGAGUUGAUUGAACGAAGCGGUGCACAAGGCAUGUUUCCCGAUAACGAACUCAUUAAACUAGAGUCUCUAACUCGCAUCGUCGGGAUUGCAGAAGGGGAGGUACUGGUUCUUUCCAUCAGAUUCGCCACUGAGAUGCUCCUCGGCCGAUACAGCGUCCCCGACGCAAAGAAACCGGGUUCACUAUUAGCACAGCACGAGACAGGGUUCAUCGGGGAGCUGAGAAAGCUCCGGCAGAGCUUUAAAGAGCACAGAGGAGAGGACUAUAACCACUACCUCCUACCCCAAUGCCGUCCUAUGGUUUUGGCCAUCGGACAGCGGAUGGUGUAUGAAGCAGCAGUGGAACGAGGGGUCGAUCGCGACCUCUUGGCGCUGUAUGAGGCCGGGGCGGUGAAGAGCGACUCGAGUUGGUAUGUCGAGCAGCUGGGGCUGAGUAGAGCUGCUCAAUUUGACAGGGAGCGUCAAGCGUGCGAUGCGGUCAUGGCGCAGCUGGACAGGCAUUUGGAUGGCCUGGACAUUGAGCCGUAUUGCACUGCGCCGAUGUUGUCUGCUUCGAGAUGGGAUCGGUUUCUCAAUUCGGCUCCACUUUAUACAGGCCUAGGGGGUAGUCGAGCUGGCCGAUGA